CGGAUAUCUGCCGUCUUUCACAAGAGACCAGACCACACCACAAGAGUGUUGUUGAGAAAUCUCUGCCAUGUAACUUCUUUCUCCAUGAUACCUGUUGCCACCUUGUCGGCGACAUGGCUGAAGAAGUCCAAGUGAUCUACGAUCACCUCAUUGCACACUCUGUGUUUUCAGCCUUCAUAUUAUUUCUUGCAAUUGUGGGCCUACGGAAUCGGACCGCCCUUGCUACACUCAGACUUCUGAGUGUAAUUCCCUACACAAUUUCAGCAGCGUUGGCAGCAAGAUUAUACGUUGCAAUUCGGAACCGGCAUUAUCCCAGAGACUUUCAAUUAUACUUGGACCGCCUAAACGCUAGCUAUGGUAUUUUGGCAAUUGUCGGCGUGUUCUCGGCUGUUUGGACAUUUCUCAUGUGGAUUCUCCUGGGAUGCAUCAAGCGAAAGGCACCAGGAAAAGAGAGAACAAGGAGCAGCCUCUACCUUUACGUUCUUAUUACCGAUCUUAUGGUGGCGGGUUCUCUGAUAGCUGGGGUUGCCGUCAGUAGCACCUUCGUGCCCUGGAACAUGAACCACUGCAGCCAGCCAUCCUAUCAAAAUUCCAAAUUCAUUUCGGGAAUCAGGGUUGCAUACAGAGACAAUGACAACUGGACAGCUUGUCGACGGGGUAUCGCAAUUCACGUCAUGGCAGCGGUGACAAUUGUCCUCGUCCUUGCUCAAGGCAUUUUGUUGUUACCCUGGGUUAACCUUCCUAAUGCUAUCCGCUACGCAAUCUAUCUAACGAUACGUAUUGUUAGAAACACGUUAAAACAAACAGACAUCGAGCUCGGAAAGGUGAAAAAGCGAGAUCAAGAUCUGACGGACGAGAUUUCCAAGCAGAUUGAACAGCAUCCCCACUAUUCGGACCUGAUCAGCGUUAUCAAGGACAAAUCGCAAGACUUCGUCAUCGCGCAGCAUCUCGAGAUGUUGGCCAAGAUAUGCUGCGGCGAAAACAAAAGCCAGUGCUGGGCUUGUGAUGCCAUAAUCUGCAAAGACUGCAUGGCGAUGGUCAAAGGAAUCCCUGUUCCGCGGACGAGGUGCCACAUCACUGGUUGCUACGCCAUCUGCACGAGCUGCUAUCUCGUGAAAGGGUCCUCGAAACCUGCUGCAUUCUCAGCUGCCUUCAACCCCACAAAUCUUUCGCUGCAGCAUGAUAAAUGUUCUCUCAAACAAACAAAUACCAUUCAAGAGGCUGUAAAUCUGUGCCAGGGAUGCUCCCAACUGCAGCCAGACCGGAUACGUGAGAUCAGGGAAGAGAGGGAGCAGAAGAUGUUGGCCAAGACACUUGUCAGGAGAAUACUCUGCGCAACGUGUGAGAAGCCAUUGCCUAAAAAGAAGAGACGGUGGUGGAUCUGUGGGUCGGGAGACCAUGAGUGUCACUGGGCUGGUCAUGAAGUGCCACGGUGA